AUUUGAUUCUGCACUUUAUUGCAAAUUGUCUCAUCAACACACCUCUCCCAUGACUACCUAUAUAAGUAAAGGGAUGAUCUUUGGCGAACGUCCUUGAAUCAGGCCUGACGAUACUCGUCUUCAUGAACGACGACGACGUACUCCUAGCGAAAUUCGACCUCGAGCAGUUCCAGUGGAAAUGCUUUCAUGCUGACGAUGGUGCAGAAGCUCGUAUUCGCCUUCUCGCUGGGGGCGAGCGAACGCAUGAUAUCAUGAAUCGCCACGCCCAGGGAGAUCAAACCUUAUUUUUUGCCGUCUACGCAGACUUCACAUCUGCGUUUGCACGAGCAAAAAUCAUAGAUACCUGCCGCGACGCUUGGAAAUGGCUUCGAUAUCAUGUACCGAUCAUUGCAUGCACCAUUUCCGUUGACGAUGACGACUCUGGCUAUCUGGAGUACCAUUCCCCGACGCCGAAUGGCGUGGAGGAGUGGGCAGAACGCACAUUUGUUGUUCAUGACCAGCAAGUCCUAGACCUAAAUGAACUCCGGAUGAAAGUGGGCCAAGCGAGGAUACCAUCCGCUGCUGGUGACCAAACGUGGCUGCACUUCGUCGCUCAUGCGUCAACCGUAGACGAUACCAUUACUCGCGUAGGAUUUCUUUUCCAGAGUCAUCAUGCUCCAUUUGAUGGUCCGGGAAUCAAACUUGUAUUCAGUCGCUACCUGGCUCAAGUCGCACGCUCGUUGGGUUCCUCCGCGCCCUGUGACUUUAUAUGGGGCAGCGAGACUCAUAACCUCAGCCCUUGUGUCUACAACAUCUUAUCAACUCUUGAACCUCGUCCCAUAUCCCCUCAUUCUGGUGAACACCCUUCGUUUGACAAACCUUAUUACCAAUCUAUACAAACUAUCUACAGUGGUGUCUUGAAAGCAUCCCAGAAUGCUUAUGGGUUCCGGCCACGCAACAGAGACACCCGCUGGCCUUUCUGCCAACGAGACGAAAUCAUCUUCUCAAACCGGGAAUCAAACUCGAUACUCAAACGGCUCAAAGACACAUUUCCGUCCCAAAGAUCAUACACUGUCACGCAUUUAGCUCACGCAGCACUAGCCAUGGUCGUCAUGUCUGACAACCCCCCAGAAAAGAGUGAUUUAGAUUCUUUCCUAAACAAUUACAGCCUUGUGGACUGCCGGAGUCGUUUGAAAGAGCCUUAUUCUGAACCAACGCAUGAAGGAUAUCCUGGCUAUGCUAUCGGCAUAACAAUGAUGCGAAUACCAGUAUCAAUAUUCUGCUCUUCAUCAGGAGAGUUGUUGCCGCUGAACAGGAAUCUUCUCUUCACAGCAAUGGGUCAUAUUCGCGCCUUCUAUGACAAUCAAAGAGCUAUUUCCGCUCCUUUAAGCUGCAUGGCGCAGCUCGGACAGAUCAUGUCUGUGUCUAUGAAAGACGCAGCCGUAGCCAAUCUACUAACACCUAACCAAUGCUAUAUGUUAUCAAGUGACGGUGUAGGCGAAAGAUAUCUGCAACCGACAUAUGUUGAUCAUAGUGGUAAAACUGUUUUGACCGUUCCGAAGUUUUUCUCCUCGUUAAACAGAAAUGAUCCCGGACCGUUCUUUCGCGUUUCAUCAUGGAGAGGCCUUAUCGAACUGAGCGCUGACUUCAAUUCUAACAUUCUGUCCAAGGAAGAGGUCCGAAAUCAUCUGACAAAAUGGAAAGAAUUUAUGCUACUCAUUACGCGGGAAGCCGAGGAUGACCAUGGGGUUUCGGGCUCCACUAGGCACCCAUAGUUGUCCCUUAAGGUAUAGUCGCAAGAGAAGGGGUACUUAUGUAUUGGCGGGCAUCAUAGAGCGCUAUUGGCGGCGGUCGGGGCUCACUAGAGACCGUUCUUGCUUCGUAAACGGGAAUGUAGGUAGAAAACCGAGUACCGAACCGGUUGUCCACCAUCACCAAAAGGUAGCGCUUGACAUGAAAACAGCUUAUAAUGUACGCUAUACACAGAACGAAUGCAGGUCGACGU